GCGGGAGUAGUAGUGCGCGCCGUGUUUUUACCAAUAUUUCAUAAAAGUUAGUGACGUUUAAAGUCACAUGUGGUGUAUAAACUAUAAGUUGUGCUUGUUCUUUUCAGGAAAGAUAAAAAACUAAAGUCAUUAGCUAAAAGGCUUAGUUAAUAGUAGUAGCAAAUAGUGGUGGCACGAAAUUAGUACGGAAUAGAUUAUAGAGUGGACCUUUUUCUGCUCUUCUAUUCCUUGGCGUAUACAGGUGGUGAUUUGGCAUUCCCCAGGGCGAAAGUUGGACCGAUUCCCUAACCAGCGCACGCAAAUUCCCGCCGCAUACGAUAGUUCCGGACCGAAUUGGGGUCAUUCAAACAUCGCCGGCGUUCCGAUCGAGCCACGUGGAUAGGUUCCGCCAUUGUGAAACGAGCCGGACCGCACCUUUGUUCCGAACCGUCGGCCAUGGCUUUCGCCAAGCGUUUACCGUCGUCGAACCCCACGCCAGCUCGCCGAAGUCAGUCCGGAAACAGUCAGCGUACACCACAAGCCAGGGUGCUUCGUCCAAGAUCAAGCCGGGGACCGUCGCCAACGCCACAAGCCAGCCCAUACCACCAGGAAGUCAAUUCGGGAAUCGUCACCGAACACGGCCAGCCAGCUCGUUCCGUCAAAAGUCGAGCUUGCCCGCCGCCGACGAAGAAGUCCCGCUCGUACCGUCCGAAAUCGAGCCUAAACCGUCACCGAACAUCGGAAUUUCGCCCACCGUCAAGCCCUAGCGCCUCUGCCAAGCCGAAGCCUCCUCGUACCGUCCAACAUCGAGUCGAACCCGUCACCGAGCAUCGGAAUUUCGCCCACCGUCAAGCCCUAGCGCCUCUGCCAAGCCGAAGCCUCCUCGUACCGUCCAACAUCGAGUCGAACCCGUCGCCGAACAUCGGAAUUUCGUCCCACUUCAAGCCCGCGCGCCUCCACCAAGCUGGAAGCUUCUUGCGCCAUCCGAACCUGGGCCUAUAUAGUUGUUAUCCGGUGCACCAGAAGCCGAGAAGCGGUGCAACCGUCAUCCCACCUGCUAGCGGCCAACCCUGUCGAUCACGGAGGGAUAAGGUGUCGGUAUCCCGUGAGUCGGUCGUUACGCUCAAAUGCCGCACAGAGAAUUAA